AGGUGAAAUGGUUGGGUGUCCCAGCUCCUGAGGCCACUUAGGAGCCGGAGUCCGAAGCUCACCGUGUCCCGGCACCCUUGUCGCUGAGGGCAGUUCUCUUGACCCAUCUGUCUGUGCCCUCAGGCAGAGGGCCGGGAUUAGGGCCCGGAGCUGCCUGCCUCACUUACCCUAAUCCCCCUCAAGGCUGGAUCCCAGGCAAUCAGCUCUCAGGGUAGGGGUGCGUAAGCAGCUUUAUGGUCCCUGAGAACCAAAGGUGCUCCCUGGUGCUGCAUCUCAGAGUUCUGUCGCCCCUCUCCACAUGGCCACAGAACAGGCGAAGGGGCAGCGUGGCCCAGACCCCCAGAAGCCUCCUGUGGAGGCUGUGGCUUCCGGGAGCGGAGCUGAGGGCCUGCCCUUGACCAGGAGGUGGAGCAAGAAGGACAGGGGACUCCGAGGGUCCCGGAAGGGUGCUGGUGGCUCCGCGGAGCAGACCCCCAUCCCUGGCCCCGAGGCCCCAGGGAGCAGCAAGAGCCUCUCUGGGAAGGGAGAAGGGCAGGAGGGGACAGGCCCUGCAGCCCCCAGGCCAGCCGGUCGUCGCCAGUCUCACCGACACCGCUCUGGCACCCAGCCCGAUGCUGCCCAGAAGACAUACGGGCCCCUGCUCAACCGCAUCUUCGGGAAGGACCGCGAGCUGGGCCCCGAGGAGCUGGAUGAGCUUCAGGCCGCCUUUGAAGAGUUUGACACUGACCGUGACGGCUACAUCGGCUACCGGGAGCUGGGCACCUGCAUGCGGACGCUGGGCUACAUGCCCACUGAGAUGGAACUCAUCGAGGUCUCCCAGCACGUCAAGAUGCGAAUGGGUGGCCGUGUGGACUUCGAGGAGUUUGUGGAAUUGAUGGGCCCAAAGCUGAGGGAGGAGACAGCACACAUGUUGGGGGUGCGGGAGCUGCGCAUCGCCUUCCGAGAGUUUGACAGGGACAGAGAUGGACGAAUUACAGUGGCAGAGCUGCGGCAGGCAGCACCUGCUCUGCUGGGGGAGCCGCUGGUGGGUCCUGAGCUGGACGAGAUGCUCCGAGAAGUGGACCUCAACGGGGAUGGCACCGUAGACUUUGACGGUGAGUCUCCUUCCCAGACGACCCCCCACCCCUCCAGCUCCCAGGAUGAUCCCAGCGCGUCCUGGGAUCCCUGA